AUGCAGAUAUCAUUAACAAACAAAGGAGUAUUCGUUCUUGCCAUAAGUGCCAUCAGUCUCCUCCUAUUUCUCUUCUCUGAUAAUGGCAAGACCGGAUAUGAAGCGAAUCCAGACGUAAUCAGUUUGAGAACAGUGUUUUUGACUACGGUGACAGCUGUGGAGGAAGCUGGUGCCGCAAUAAAAUCCAUGCAAGGUCUUAAAUCCCUCCAUCUGCACAAGAAAUCUGCUGUGCUCCGACUUGAUCGUGCUAACAGUGUAACCAAUGAUGAAAUCGUUACAGAAGCCGAUCUCGUCUCAAACUACGUCAUCAUUCGACGCAUUAAACUUCUACGACCAGAUUUUAUCGUGAGUUUUCUAUUGCAGGAGUAUGUAUUUUUCGUCUCUUUACCUAAAUAA